CCAAAACAAAGGCAGUACUGCAAGAGGGAUCUUUACCUGCUGCUGUUCUCUUCUUUUUCGGUCGUCCCUUUCCGCGUAGCUUGGCUCUGCGCGAAAAAUUAGCAAUUACCCACCAAAGUGAAAUGUCUCGAAAAGACACCGUUUUCUUUGGGUACCAAGUCGCUAGGAUGGGUCCUCGUAACCGUUGUCGCAGAACCUUGUUGCCUAAACGGAGCCUUUCAGGAUUGAAGUUGUGCGAGAAUAUGCGGCAUUGGACCUGGUUAAAUACUUAGGUCAGCAUUGGAUUUGCCGGGAAUAUAUAUUCGGUGGAAUAAUACCCUUGCGAGGUCUAAGACUCUAAGACAGGCAUUAUCUUCGCGAUAUGAUCACGUGGUUUAUUUAUGUGGCAAAUGAGUUUCUGCUACCUCAUUGGCAAUAGUAUUAAAGAAAGUUCUACAUCGCAGAAUAUGGGAUCUCGAAAGAAGCCACACAGUCCUGAUAUCGAUUAUUCACUACAGCAUCCCAACAAAAGGGUGAAGGCCCAUUAUUCACAUGAGUCUUCCAAUGAGUCCCAUCCAAACGAAGAUAGAAGGAACGAAAAUGCUGUUCCAUCUCGCCUUGUCAUGCUAGAGAAUUUGACACGAGAAGUACUAAAUAAUACGGAUACCUCUCAGGAGUGCGCGACCGCCGGAGCCGAUCUCCUCAAAGCAGUCGCUGAGUUGGACAGGGCGUUUCGUCAAGCGAAGAAACCAUCACUAGCUACAACCCCGUCUGAAGAUAUCGGCGGCAAGUCUAUGCUUGCUAAUGACCACAGUGGCUUGGGAAACCGCGAAGGGGCACAAGUACCUGUGCUACCUCCAAUCCUGGACAAGUCGCUCGAAGAAGCUGUUUUCACUCACCCUGGCAUGAGCAAUGAUUUUAACACUACCUACGAUCGACUUGAAAUUCUUGGAGAUGCUUACAUUGAAUUGGUUGCUACCAAACUUGUCUGGCAUACAUUUCCAGGUCUCCCUUCGGGUCGAAUAUCGCAAAUAAGGGAAACCCUGGUGAAAAACGAGACACUUGCCGGGUAUGCGACUAUGUAUGGCUUUGAUUGCAGGGCAUCUGUUCCGAAGGAUUAUCUGAAGCAGCCAAAGAGAUGGAUGAAGACCAAAGGGGACAUCUUCGAAGCUUACGUGGCUGCUGUUGUACUUUCUGAUGCAGUUAAUGGCUAUAGUGCUGUGGAAACAUGGCUGACCCAGCUCUGGGCACCGAAACUUAAAUGCUUGGAUCAUCCUCCGGUGACCUUACAGGCAAAAGAGGCUCUUGCUAAGAGGAUUAUGGGGAAGGGGGUCAAACUUAAGUAUGUUGAUGAGCGCGGCCCUGUUCAACUGGAAGGUGGUAUGCAAAUAUUUAAUGUCGGGGUAUAUCUUACUGGUUGGGGGUGGACAAACAAGCAUUUGGGAUCUGGGCAAGGCCUUAGUAAGUCAAUAGCGGGCGAUCAGGCUGCAAGGGCAGCAUUGCAGAAUAUGUCAUUGAUAGAUGAAAUCGCGGCAGUCAAGAAGUCGGGGAAUGCAGGAAAAAGCUGAGUCUAUCGUCUUCUGGUCUGUAUUAUUUAUUUUCUAGUUUUGUUUUUAAAAUACCUAGAUAUUUCUUUUCUUAUGAUAUACUCCUUAUGGAAAAAAGGGAAAUAUGGAAAUAUCUUAAAAAGUUGAUAAUAGGAUAUUGUUACGAUGUCUGUCCUACCCUGCCCUGCCUGAUAUAUAUAUGAGAGAGCAGUGUAGAGCCCGAGGCUCCACAUCCUAGUCUUUUGCUAGUGCAGCGGUUAAACUUCCGAAUGCUCCCCGGGGUCGCGCCAUGACAAACAUUACCCUAAAAAAAGGAUAUGAUAAAAAUAAAAAAC